AUGCUAUCAACUGCAACACAUGUUCCAACUUUUCAAAUUAAUAAAAGCGAGAUUCAAAAUCUUAUACAAUUUAUUUAUAAAUAUGAACAAAUUUUAAAAGAAUUUGGUGCACUCAAGAUUCAACUACAUGUUGAUUGUAAAUUAGCUUUGAAGAAACGACCGAAAAAUUUAUUGAUAUCGACAAUUACGAAACAAGUUUCAAAAGAGAAUAAAGAUGAUCUUGUUUACUCUGUACAACAAACUGAUCGUUCUAAUGAAUCCAUUAAACAACGUGCAAUUAUAAAAGAUGAGACUGAUUUUUGGUUUAAAUUACGAUUGUCCAAAAAUUAUAGACAAUUGAAUAUUUCAAUAGUUCCUAAUAAAAGUUUCUUUACUGAAAAAAAAUCUCACGAGUAUUUUGAUAUUCAUCGUAUACCAAAGCAAUCACUUCUUAGAAUAGGUGAGAAAAAAGUAAUUAGCCAAUGUGUUCCACAUGUGAAAAGAGCAAAUUCACCAGGCGCAAUUUUUCCUUUGAGUUGUGCUAAACAACAUCUUUCUUCAAUUGAUUAUCAUCAUGAAGGUGGUAAUCAUCAAUGGUAUGUUAUUCCUGCGUAUGAACGAAAAGCUUUAGAAACACUUAUUAAGAAAGAAAACUUGUCAGUUUGUUUUGAUCAUGGUAAUAUAUUUAUUGAUCCGUUACUAUUGGAUAAAAAUCAUAUUCGUUAUCAUCGAAUUCUUCAAUGUCCAAAUGAGUUUGUAGUCCUAUCAGCUGGAACUCUCGCACAAAGUUUUACUGAAGAUACUAGUUGGAGCGAGUCAAUCGAUUUUGCAUUACCUAGUUGGAUUGAAGAAGGUCAUGCAAAUGCUUCUGAUUUAUCUUGUGGAUGUGAUACAUCUGAAACUUCGUUAUCAGAAACAAUUGAUGUGAAUUUAUUUCAACCUGAAUUAAUACAAAAAUACAUCAUUUCCUGUCUUUACAAUUUCACUGCUGAAGAAUCAAUCUCAUUGACAGGUUUAUUUAGUUAUUUCUAA